AGGCCACGCCGCAGUGCUGUUGACGGAGCUGGGCUGGGCAGCGGGCUUGCAGCAGCAGCGCUGUUGUUCAUAAACCUCAUAUCGAAUGCUGAUUGUCCGUAGAGCACCUGGUGAGUUUCAUCUCUGUUCCUCUGUUUCAUUUGGUAUCAGGCCGAUCCUGUUGUCUGUCGCCGCCUUCUCUGCACCGAGGAUGGAGGCGACGGGGAAAUGAGCAUCGCUGUGUUUGUGCGACAAAAAAAAAAAAAAAAAAAACCCAUACGUCGUCCAUAACGGGAGAGCCUUGGCUGCACAACAGCAAACAGCCUCCAUAACCUGAUUUACAACUACACGUGACUGUUAUCCGAAAUCUGUCUAAAUUAGCCUAUAUUAGGCUUAAAGAGCGCGCGGACAUGGAGAGAGAUAUCCUGAACGUUAAGGAUCAGAACGCUUCAGAUGGCAAGUCGGUAUAAGCCUUCACGACAGACACACUGUCGCUAAACAUGUAUUUAUACCAUAAUGUGCGUGGUCCUUGUAUAUCAUAAGGUUCCUGAGAUGUUCCUCCCCGAUAUCACCGCUGCACUGAGGCACGGCCUAGCUCAUCUAAUGUGCAGGCUCUGUCAUUGUCCGACUGGGACACAGCGGCCACCGCCGCUUGCAGGCGCACUUGACGUGUUGUCACUUACAGAGGAGAUUGUGCAGAUAUGUCUUUGGAGAGUGGACGGAGCUGUGCGUGGUCAAGCGUCUAAAAGGGAAAUCUGGGUCACUAGAAGCCAGGCCAGUGAAAGGGUUAACCGUCCAUUCCGCCAUAGGGGGGGGGGGCGGUCGAGUUGAUGCUCUAAAAAAACGAGCCCCAGAUAUGACAAAGUGUGCGUAAUUAAAUCUCACUAAUUCACCCAUGGCUUCUCCAGAGCGUGAGUCAGCAAGGCCUGUGUGCUGAUGAUGCUCCUGCAGACAGAAGGAGGACCGGCUGUUCGUCUCAGUGAAAAGAACUGUUGUGCUGGUUUCGUGUGCAUGAGAAGUCUGACAACUGAAUGGGAAUCAUAUGAGAGCAUCAUGGGGGAGCAGAGAUGUGGGUUUUCGAGGAAAAACAUUAUCUUAUCCGUCGAUUUGCCUCGCUUCCUGCCUCCGUCUUCACCGUGUGUGAGCUAUCUCUGACGUUCUGCACAGCAUCCAAUUAGCUGUCUCUCUCAUAAUUUAGCCCACAAUCAUCCUCACUUCCUCCUUCUCUUUGUACAAUAUCUAACUCCUCCAAUUUGUUUUGUGGGCGUCUCUGGUGAGUAUUCUAAUUUGGGAGUUUAUUAGGAUGCCUAUCUGUAAACUGUUGGUCUUUUUACACUUACAGUUCUUCUCUCAUGUUGUUUGCUGCACUACAGCAAAAGAUGGGCAUGCCAGUGUCCUCGGGUGAUACCUGAAAUAGAAACUGUGCAGAUGACACACACACACAGAUGUUUUUUUUCUGUAAUUUUGUAAAGCAGCGUGCCUCAUUCUCACCUGUUCACACUGACAUGUUCAUCUGUUUAUUGAUCAUGAAUAGACUCAUAGAUAGAUAGAUAGAUAGAUAACACUGUUCCUGUUUUCAGGAGGAUGCAUUAGGGGUCAAAGGUGAGCUAGUGAGGCAGAGAUGAGUCUGACUUCCUGGUUCCUGGUGAGCAGCGGGGGGACGCGUCAUCGUCUCCCCAGGGAGAUGAUCUUCGUGGGGAGGGACGACUGUGAGCUGAUGCUGCAGUCCCGCAGUGUGGACAAGCAGCACGCGGUCAUCAACUAUGAGCCAAAUACAGACGAACAUAAAGUGAAGGACCUGGGCAGCUUAAAUGGGACAUUUGUAAAUGAAGUCAGAAUACAGGAGCAAAUCUACGUCACGCUGCAAAUUGAUGACAAAUUGAGGUUUGGAUACGAUACCAACCUGUUCACUGUGGUGCGAGGGGAGCUGCAUAUUCCAGAGGAGGCCCUUAAGCAUGAGAAGUUCAGCAGCCAGCUGCAGCUGAGCCAGAAGAAACCUCCAGAGGGGGAAUCGUGUAAAUCUGAGGCUAAACUCUCCGAGGCAGCAGCACCAGCGUGUGACGGGGCCUCCGCCAAGCCCCCCGAGGCCAGCAGGGUGGAGGAUAAGACGACAGGAGACGGAGCCGUGUUGCACAGAAUCACGCCCCUCUACGGUCAGCCUGCCUGGUGGGGAGAUAGUGACCCCAACAAGCAGCAACCCGGGAGGCCAGAGGAGAAGAGCUCAGAUCGGAAGCGAGAGAAAGCUGAUACAGACAUCAAGAACAGUGCAGAGGUCCCAAAGUCUGCCCCGCAAACAUCAUCCAAUCAGGAGCCUAGCUACUUUGAGAUCCCAACCAAGGAUACCGCCUCAGCAGGUAAAGUGAGCGGGGAAUCCCCCUCACAAGAACUAGAGGCUGGUGCCUCUUCUGCUGCAGAGGCCAUCCAUGGCCACGCCUCCUUCACCAUCGAGUUUGACCCCGGGGCGUCAGCUAAAGUGACCGUCAAAGACCGAGUGGCAAAGGUUGGACCGGAGACCAGGCCGCGUCCUAAAAGGGCUGUCGGGGAGGAGCUGAGUCCCCUUCAGACAGCCAUGGUGGCUGCCGAGGUUAAAGUUGCAGACUGGCUGGCCCAGAACGAGCUGCCGUUGGCUCUGAAAGACACGGUUGCAGAGGAUGACGGGGAAAGUGUGAAGAGUGAUGUGCCCGUACAACUGAAGAGUCUUAAAGGCAGUAAACAUGAGGACGGUACUCAGAGUGACUCAGAGAACGCACUCGGAGAGCAGCGCAGGGCCGCAGCAAUGGAGCAACGCUCCUGGGGGCUGUGGGGCGGAGCAGGGAUGAAGAUCAGAGAGGGUCGCGCUAACGUACCAGAGGGGCUCUUCGCAGAGGAGGACAGCCCCGCUCGGCGUCGCAAAACUUCGACUUCCAAAUUGGCAAGUGGGUUCGUGGAGAGGCGACGUGGAGAGGCACCACAUCAGCAGAGUGGCCGUGAUGAGUGCUAUCACCAUGGGGAUGAUUAUAGUGACAGAGGGACCUAUACCAUUGAGCUGGAGAAUGGAGAUCAUGAGGAGGAAGAGGCUAGGAAAAUGAUUGACAAGGUGUUUGGUGUGGAUGAGCAGGAGGCUGUGUGUGUGUCCAGGUUGGGGGUUGCCGACCAAAGAGAGAGGCUCACCUCCCAGAGGUCUGGUAUGGGAGACAGAGGAAAACCUGGACGCAUGGAGACAGAGGUACUAUCUGAGCAGCUGAUGGUGGGUGGUCCUCGCUGGGUCUCGCAGUGGGCUACUCUGGCUGCCAGUCACAUUAGGACAGACCCUGAGGGAUCAGGAGGGGAGAGUCACAUCAUGGUCACAGAAGACAGAGCUGAAAUAAGUGAGUCCAGCCACUCAGCCUCCUUUGCCUCGUCUGGAUACACAGAGCGUAAAAGGAGAACCCUGCCCCAGCUCCCUGGUGAGGAGCUCGCCCUCGGAAGGAGGACCCCAGGCGCAGGCCUGCUUACAGAUAUGGGGGAGAAACAGGACACAGAGCUACAGGAGAAGGAGAGUCAGGAGGAGAAGAUGGCCAGGGGAAAGAAUCGCUCCAGUCAUGGCACUGGAGGUGUGGGCAGUCACGGUGGUAGCCCCAGUCGCUCCUCACCAGCCAAGUCGCAGGACAGUGCUGGCGGGAGAUCAGGCCAGUCAGGUGUGUUGGCCAAGCUCCCCCCUCGUCCACUGACCAGCGGGGAAAAAAGAAUGGAGGAGGUGCGGAGGAGGAAAAAGGAAGAGGAGAAGGCCAGGGAAAGUAGUGGGAAACCUUUGUUGAGGCAGGAGAGCUUUACUGUGGAGAAACCAAGCUCCAACGUGCCCAUUGACCUCAGACCUCGUAUCGAUGGGCUCACGGGCUGCAGAACUCAGAGUAGGGAGACUGGCAUUGACAGUGCCGCACUGCAGAAGGACUCGGACGCUGUGGCAGCCUUUUUAGAGACGACCGUUUCAGACCAAGGUGAUCCACCAAGUCAGUCCAUUGAAGGCUCCAUCUCGCCGGAGUCAGACGUGGACACAACCAGCACAGUAAGCCAGGCUGACGGAGCGAGAAAAGUCAUCCAGAAACGGCGGACUCUUGCAGGACAGCAGAAGGAGAGAACGGUAGUGUGCUCGUCGGGGAAGGGCCCCGCCUGGAGCAGAGAGACCCAGGACAGGAGGGUCAAGACCAGGGCAUCUGGUCCUCCGCAGCCCAGUCGCCCCUGGACUUCCCAGGACCUCACUGAUGAUGACGUCAACUCCAACUCACUCCUCUCUGACUCCCAGCACACCUCUACACGGGAGUCUAGAAGCUCAAACACCAGAGCCCAGACGGGGUGCACAACUGUGGGGGCUAGCACCAAGUCUAGUCGGGCUAAAACCUCCCAGGCCCCAACGUCUACUGCAGCCAGUAAAACCACGAAUGCUCCCAAGCCCAGGCCCACCAGGGCGUCCCUGCUGAGGCGAGCCCGGCUGGGGGACUCCUCAGACACUGAAGCAGCUGAGCUCGACCGGAUGUCGGUAGCCUCGGAGGCCUCCACCGCUAGUUCCACAUCCAGGACAGGCAUGGCAAGAAGAGGGAUGUCCAGGAUAGUGGCUCUGGCACAGCCGAGGAGGCCGAGGAUGGGCUCCCCGUCAGCCCAGAGUGACUCGGAGGCCACUGUGACAAGGAGUAGGGGUCUAGGGGCCCGGAGCGCUGCAGGUGAUUAUGCCAUCAGACAAGGACUGAGAGGAUCCAAUGUGACCUCAGUGUCUGGACCCAGAGCCAGGGCUAACAGCGCCUCCAAGCUGCCCGACAAGAAUAAAGGCACCUCCUCCUAUGGACAUGUCCCACCUGCAUCUGGCACUCGGUGGCGCCGCGCGCCUGUGGAGUAUGCCUCCACGUCGGAGGACGAGUAUGGCUCAAACCGCCACAUAGCCAAGCAGAGCCACGCACGCCCGUUCCCCUCCACUCGGGUAGCCCAGCUGGGAGGUUCAGCCCCAGCAACUCCUAAUGCUGCAGGCCUGUCUGCCCUGAGGCAGAACUCCAAGGAACAGGACGAGUAUAUGAGAGACUGGACAGCGCACAGCGAGGAGAUAGCCAGGAUUAGCCAAGACCUAGCCAAAGACCUAGCCAUGCUUGCCAGAGAAAUUCAUGAUGUGGCCGGGGAGAUCGACUCAGUCAGCCCUGCAGCCACUGACCCUGGAGUUCCGAUGCAGGAGCGUGUAUUUGAUGGCAGCUUGAACCUGAGCGGUCCCUCUGCAGAGCCCAGCAGCGGUGUAGGAACCAACGGGCGGUCUGUGGAGCUUCGACCCCGGGGCUCCGGUGGACAGAGCUCCCGCUCCAUCCGCCGACAGACAUGGAACAGAGAGGAUGCGGUGUUGGACAGUUUACUGUUAGCAUCUGUUACUCAGCUCUCGACAAGGAUUCGUCAGUCUGUCGACAAAACGUCCUGCAAAAUCAGGAUCCUCUUCAAGGAUAAAGAACGAAAAUGGGAAGAGAUUGAGAACAAGCUGCAGGCUGAGCGUGACUCCUUACUCCUCAAGAGCUCCAACAAGGAGAUUUCAACCAUUCUUCAAGACCUGAGGAGAGUAGAGAGACAACUGCUCGUAAUCGACAUGAUGGUGGACCCAGACGGCACCCUGGAUGCCCUGUCCAAUCUGGGCCUGACCAGCCCUCUGACUGAGCAGAAGAUGGGCCCUGGGACUCAGCAGGGCUCGUCGGUGUUGCACCCUGGAGCUGAAGCUUCCUCCGGCACAGUCUCCAGGCCUGAAGGACGGGCCACUGAAUCCUCCGGGCCUUUAGACCACGCAGAGCGAGACCCAGGGCCCCAACAGGGCCCUAGAUCCUACAACUGAUACUCCAAGGACAUAGUUCAGUGUGCAUCCUUUCUGUUGGACAUGUCCUGAAGCUGUGAGGUAAGAACAUUUAGAGGUAUUUGGUAUCAGACGAAGGAGGAGAAUGAUGCCUAUUAGGUGGAAGAGCCUGACUGCGUAAAUGUACUUCAAAUUGACUCGUGACGGGACUUUAUUAAAGUCCAACACUACCAAAUAGCAGCUCUCGUCAGAUAUACAAACGAAAACGUAACAGCAUUAUAAAGAAGCUAUGAGAUAAUAUACUGUGUGUUUGUGUUGCAGCUCAUUCUUAUUAUCUGUUAUCCUUAAAAACAUUUGAGAAAAAAACCUGAUGUAAAAGAUGAGAAGAUUCAACGUUAAAGAUAAGACACAUUAAACACAUUUAUGUUUUUAUUACAAGCCUUGAAAUCUUUCUGUUCCAAUCUUAAGUCCAAUGCAGAAAUCCAAACUAGAAAGGUGCAAAGCUGUCAAAAAAAGGAUUCAGCGGAGGUGUAUGUCAAGUGUUCUUCUAUCCUGCCAUAGAAUUAUUUAUUAAAAUGAAUAUAUUGUUGGCCUGUUGCGAUUGCAAUCCCUAAACCUGCCUCAGUAAUGAUUUUCACCAGAAAAGGCCACGCUGCUUAUUUCGUGGGGAAAGAACUGGGUCUGUACAGUAUGUACCAGUGUAAAUGUUUAUUAUAGUUCAAUUAAACACUCCCAUCCAUGCCUUUUUUCCUGUGGCGAUGUCAUUUAAAACCAGUGUAUCAAAGAUAGACCGUGUUUGUUAAGAAACUAUAAAAUCAAAUGUAGCCCCCAACAGGUUUUACUCUUCCAAAUGUAUUUUGUCACAAGUGCCCCGGAUCAAAUAAUCAUUACAGUUGGAGAUGAGAAAUGUUAGAGUGUACUGGAGCUGGAGGUGAACUUUGUUUUGCACAUUUCAAAGCCGACAUAUGUUAUUAUUCAUCUCUGAGUGACCGGGACACGACGUUCCCCCACGACGCUCCUCUAUCGUGUUGUUGUCCUCGACUAGAAGCAAAGCAGGGUGAAAGUCGGCCGGCUGUAGACGAACAGUUUGUCAAAUUAUUUUCUGAUUGCAAACAAGAUGUUGUGUUUGAACCAGCGUAGACGGGGGGGGCUACCUCCAAGUCCUGCAGCUGCGUAUUCCUGUUAACGAUGCAAUGAAAGGAUGGACAGUGUAAUGACUGUAGGUUUCCCAGUGUCUUGCCUCAUACCAAUGUUUACACAUGAAUGUAACCUGAUCAAAACUGAUGGAACAUUUUAGCCAAAACGACUUGAAUACAGAUUGAUAAUUGCAUUUUGUGCUCAGCACCGACUGUAAUUUCUCUUUUAUUCUGUUUGAGCAUUUGGAGAAUUUUUGUUGAGAUGUUUUGUAUGAAGUUUUUUUUUUUCUUUGUAAUGAUGUGUUGACCUUGCAAUACCGGUGUAUUGUUUGUCUCAUUUUCAAUAAAAUGCAUGAUAAUCAUGA